AUGCUAAGCUUUAUAGUAGAGUUUCUUCUAAGUAUCAGUAUCUGUGCUUUUUUGGCAUAUUUUUUCUUCCUUAGCGCUCCAGUAGAGGAUGAUGUCGAAUCUGACUUGAAUUCCUCUCAAAUUAGUCACGACCGACCGCGCCGGCCGGUGAAUUGGUGGGAAUCCUUUAUUAUUUCUCGGGGCGAGGAAAGCCUUGUUGCGGUGGUCUAUCGACAUAUCCGUGUUAGCAUACUAGACUUAGACGAUGUUUUCGCACGAAGCCCUACUGUUGAGGGACAAACCAGUCAACCAACGGAGAUGCAACACUGUCGCAACACGAGCAGAGGUGUUUUUGGUAAGCGACAGAGGCUGAUGAGACAGCCGCACCACCCCGGAAGCGAUUUCCAAGGGGCUCAUAACACUAUGCGGAAAGAGAGCGCGCUCUGGGUAAAUGUGGUUGGCCGUUGGUUGUGCAUCCUGUUUCUGGGUGGUGGGACUGUCAACAUCGAUGUGUGGUCUGACCGCCUGCGUUACGUUAUGGAGUGCGUUGUUGCUCGUGUGAAUCGCACCCUGGUGGCAAAGACGAUCAAGGCACCGGAUCUCAUGGCACCGGCUCCUAGAAAAACAGAUGCACUUGGUCGUCAUCCGCAUGUUGGUGUACUUCACCUUGAAUUAGGUCCUAGCCUUUAUGUAGCGCAGAGGAGUAUAUCUGGGAUAACCAAUUCUGCCAUUGAUGCGAUGCAGAGAAGCAUCAAGGAGGCUUCUAACUUAGCCUCCACGUGGGCGGCGGUCUCCGCGAAAGUUGUGAAAAAUCUUUCUCUGAGAAAUAAUAGUGGCGGGAAUUCGACUAUAAGGACUGACAAGGCCCCGACUGGCACAAACAAUUUCCUUGUUGACGAAAGUAAGGCACAUGAUUGCCCUACCUAUACUAGUCGUGGCAACACCAGCAGUAACAAUACUGGAUCUCUCCCUGGCGUUGGGGUUGCCAUUCCACGUCUUGCUGGGGAUAUCGUCUCUGUUGAGCUGCCGUCCUUCGCUGCAGUAGCGUCGGGCACUGCAGCGGAGAUUCAUACUGGGAUCGGUAAGUUAGAUCCAUCAGUGCAAGUAGGCGCCGGAGUAGAGUGUGACACCCUGAACAGGGCGAAGCUAAAUGAAUGUAUCAUUCCACCUUCCGAGCAGGCGGCACCGCCUUCGCUUUCUUCUGAGCUGGAGCGCACGUUAACUAACACAGCAGUUCCUCGUCCGUUCCCACUGCGCUGCUUUAGCAUACCCAUCUGCUACGAGGAUCAGCGCUUCGCUUUGGAUUUGGGCUGUUGUCUCCCAAUUCUGUCAUUCUUGCCUGCCAAAUUAUCCAUACCCGCAGACGUGCUAUGUAUCGAGUGCGUUUUGCAAGUACGCCGUGUGUCAUUCUUGGGAUGCCUUUAUGCCGCCUUUCAUGGUCCCAUCGUCGAAUUGUCAUUUCCGUGUCUUCCACAAUUCAACGCUGCGUUUGAGGUCACUGCCCCACAGCACUAUCCUCGGAGGCGUCUCCCUUACCCGCCAUCCGCGGACCCCUCUUCUGCUUUCACAACAACCUCGACGAUGAGGAAUGUUACAACCUCUCUACCUUCGGCGGGUUCGCCAUCAUUGGUGGCAGAUGGCAACUUUGGUGGCACCGACGCCGCCAGGUCGACCUUUGCGAAGCUUGGUAGAUUGGAGUUGCCCUCAUCUGCCACAGGGUUCUCUUACAGCUGUAUCAAUGAAAAGAAUGGAAAAAUGCAGGAGCUAGUGCAGCUGGCAGUACUGAAUGCCGUGCGUUCUAUUACAUAUCCUAACGUUUUGGAAGGACGUAUCCGAGGUAGCAUCUCAAGGGAUGGGGAAACAGGGAGCGGGCCUGCAGACUCUGCGAAUGGAGCUUCUGACGGCUUGUUUUUGUGGACCCGCAAACGAGCAACUUUACCGCUGCUAGUACUUUAA